UUCAUUUUGUAACAAAUUUUUUGUGUGCCGAGAGAAAGAGAAGAACUCGAUAUGUGGAGAUCUCAAAACCAGUGUGCAAGCAAAGAAUCAAGCCUCAAUUUGGAUAAACUUAGGGGACAGCAUGUUCAAGGAUUGGAUGUACAUUGUAUACCUCCAUAUGUUGGAAGAUGCGUUGGUGAAUGUGAUAUAUCAAAAAGUAAAUAUAAGUUUCCAUUAACCCUUGUGCGACCCGAUUACUCAAGCUAUUCGCGUGAUUUUCCCAAAACCAUGCUUCCAACAGCACCGUCUUUACCGUACUCAAAGCACACGCCACCCCAGUGGAUGGAAAUAGACAAUCCAGAGAAAUACUUUAAAUCAGGAUAUACAGGAAAUCAAUUCUUUAAGUUCCCGCAUUUCGGUCAUACGAGCAAGGUAGAUUCACAUUCAGCCUUAUGUGACUUUACAAGCGGCUAUCAAUUUACUAAAAGUGCUGAGUGGGCUCCUUUGCCAUUUUAUCACACAUCGUUGGAUGGCGAACGACCUGGAACUGAAAUUUAUCCACGAAAUACUGGACUGAUAUCCAAUUACAUGGGCCACGUUCCAGGCAUGAAAUUGAGCUAUGGCAAAACAUUUGGAAAUGAAAGCGUAAAUGCAAAGAGAUAUCUCCAAAAUUCUUCAGUUUGUCUUCACUGAUGUGUGCCUGGAUAUAUUAUGCCGAAUAAAUAAAUAAUUAUGUUUGCAAAUUUAGUUCCAAUAUGCUGCAUAUCUCUCACAUAACAACACGAAAGUUUAUUUCAAAAAUAGAAC